UUCCUCUUCAAUUUCAAAUCUAGGGUUUCAUCUUCUUCUUUUUGUGUAUUUACAUCAUUAACAUUCUUCUUUGCCUAUCUGCAAAGAUUCAUUCAUCUGGGGCUAAUAUUUUAUCUUAUUUUCUUUGAUCUUGGAUUAUUUCAUUUUUAAGCCCCUGUUUCUGUGUUUAAAUCUUUUGCUGUAAAGCUUCAAGCUUCGCACCAAACUUUGUAUUCAAUCUUGAUCGAAUUUCUCUUCAUUUUAUGGGUUUGUUUUAUUUUUUGCUUUGUUUCUUGACAAACCCAUGAAAAACCCUUCACAGAAUUUUGUGGGUUUUUGUUUAAAUUCUCUGUUUUGAUGCUCAAUUUUGGUUUCUUUGGAAAAAAGUAGAUUUUUUUAGGGGAAGAGCGGUGUUUGUUGUCAAAAUUUUGUUAAUUUUUGUGGUUUGGCGGGUGAAAGAUUAGUGGGUAAAUGCAUGGAUGGAAGGGAAGGAAUGCCAUCGUUUUAUCUCAACAGAGGGGUUAGUGGGUCGGGUUCUCAUGCCGGGUCGGGUUCACAGGGUGGUGGGUUGCAUGUUCCACCACCUGGUUUCAAAACCCAAUCAAACCCUAACAUGUCUCCUCAUGGCCAUAGCAACAUCAGGGUAUCUUCCAUAACAUACCAAAUGGAACACAACAUAUCACCUGUUUUCCCCCAUGGCAUUAACAUGGGUGGUGGUGGUGGAGGAGGUGGUGGUAUUGGUGGCGGCGGUGGUGGUGGUGCAAUGUCCAUUAACACCACCCCUCGAAGUGGGUCUGAUUCUGUUGUCAAGAAAAAGAGAGGGAGGCCAAGGAAAUAUGGACCAGAUGGGUCACAUAUGGCAUUAGGGUUAACACCGGCAUCGGUGGCUGCUUCACCUGGUUCAGUCACUCCGACCCCGAAAAAGAACCGAGGGAGGCCUCCUGGUAGUGGUAGGAAGCAAAGACUUGCAAAUGUUGGUGAAUGGAUGAGUAAUUCAGCGGGACUGGCUUUUACGCCUCACAUCAUCCAUGUUGCAACUGGAGAGGAUGUUGCAGCAAAAGUUCUGUCAUUCGCACAACAAAGGCCAAGGGCUCUAUGCAUAUUGUCAGGCAAUGGUGCGAUUUCUGCAGUGACACUUCGCCAGUUUACGUCUACUGGUGGCACAGUGACGUAUGAGGGCCGUUUCGAGAUACUAUGCUUAUCAGGUUCUUAUCUGCUCCCUGAAACCGGUUCACUCAACAAUCGAACUGGGGGUCUUAGCAUAUCUGUUUGCAGUGCCGAUGGUCAUGUCAUUGGAGGUGCAAUUGGCGGUCGGCUUAUCGCAUCCAGCUUGGUCCAGGUGGUGGUAUGCAGUUUUGUCCAUGGUAGCAACAAUUCGAAAGGAAAGACGAAAAACGACGCAGCCUCAAGAGACGAAGAGAGUCCAGGUGUUGAGACCAAUGAGACUAGCCCGACAACUAGCCAACACCCGAUUGCUUGGCCACCGGAUUCACGCAACGAGCUGAGGAACUCGCAUACUGAGAUCGAUCUAACCCGUGGAUGAUUGGGCAUAUCUCUGUAUAGGCGUCUGUGUUGUUGUAAAUGGUGAAAAAGAGAGAUUUGAUGAUGAUCUUUAAUCGUAUUAUUUAGCCUCCUUAUGUCGUUUUGUCUGUAGAUUAUAGAUGGGAUCAUGGGCUAACGUAUUUGUAACGAAGAAAGUCUCGGCAUUUUUUAUUUGGAAGUAGCUCUAGGACGUUUGUUUGGAACUCAAAUCCGCCAUUGUUGCUCUGGUAGACGUGAUCUGUGGUCAAUCUGAUGGGAUUUUUUUU